UCCCUCUCAGACCCUUUACGUUCGUUAUGGGUUCGAAGUCGCGACACAGGAGCAGGUCCAGAAGUCGGAGUAGAGAUAAGCGAAAUAAGUCUAAAUUAAGCAGGUCGCGGUCUCCGGAUGCGCGGAGAGGCCGCAGUAGGUCUGCAGACGCCAGAAAAGCCGCCCGUGGAAGAGCCAGAAGCUCCAGCAGCAGCAGCAGCGGGGCCUCCAACCAUGGAGCUUCGGUCCGCCGCGGGCCUCAGCAUAGAAGCCGUUCUGAGUCCAGCGGCAGCGCCUCGGAGGCCGACAGGAGGCAGAGAGAGCACCGACGGAGCAGCAAGUCGAAGAAUAGAUCACCAAGUCCUGAAUCAGAUAAUUCCAAGAUGAGGAGGAGGAGAAAGGAGAUGGACAACCGAAGAUCUCGUGAGAGAAGACAGGGAAGAUCUCCAUCUGGCUCGGACUCCAGCGAUGGAAGCAGCGAUAGAGGGAGGAGGAUGGGCAAAAAAAGUCUUGAACGAGGGAGUCCAACAAGAAGCAGAAAGAGCAAAGAUCGAUUGAAGAGCAGCAGCAGAGACCGGGAAAGGAAAAGUAGAGAGAGGAAGAAGAAGAAGAAGAGCAAAGAAAGGGAACGCGAGAGGAGCAAGAGGAGCAAAGAGAGGACUGGUAGGAGCAGCAGAAGGCGGGCCUCCAGUUCCUCUGAGUCGUCAGAGAGUUCAGAUUCAGAUAAUGAAAACCUGGCGGUGAAAGAGAAGGAGGAGAAGAAGAAACAGAAGGAGCUGAUGAAAGCCCUGGAGACGCCAGAGGAGAAGAGAGCCAGAAGGCUGGCCAAGAAAGAAGCAAAAGAGAAGAAGAGAAGAGAAAAGAUGGGCUGGAGUGAAGAGUACAUGGGAUACACCAAUGCCGACAACCCCUUUGGAGACAACAACCUGUUGGGCACAUUUAAAUGGCAGAAAGCACUGGUCAAGAAGGGCAUCGGCCAUCUCAGUGAAAAAGAGCUCAAAGAAAGAAACAAAUGUAUUCAGGAGGAGAACCGCAGAGAGCUGCAGAAGGUUAAACAGCUGCGACUGGAGCGGGAGCGGGAGAAAGCCAUGAGAGAGACGGAGCUGGAGAUGUUACAGAGGGAGAAAGAGGCAGAACACUUCAAAACCUGGGCUGAACAGGAGGACAACUUCCAUCUGCAACAGGCCAAAUUGAGGUCCAAGAUUAGGAUUCGGGAUGGCCGUGCAAAGCCCAUUGACCUGCUGGCGAAGUACAUCAGUGCAGAGGAUGACGAUCUGGCUGUGGAGAUGCAUGAACCUUAUACCUUCCUGAAUGGACUGACUGUCACCGACAUGGAUGAUCUGCUAGAGGACAUAAAGGUGUACAUGGAGCUGGAGCAGGGCAAGAAUGUGGACUUCUGGAGAGACAUGACCACCAUCACAGAGGAUGAGAUCAGCAAGCUGAGGAAACUGGAGGCAUCUGGGAAAGGACCUGGUGAUCGACGUGAGGGCAUCAACACAGCUGUUAGCACUGACGUCCAGUCCGUGUUCAAAGGAAAAACCUACAGUCAGCUGCAGGCACUGCACCUGAACAUCGAGGGAAAGAUCCGUGCAGGGGGGUCCAAUCUCGAUAUCGGGUACUGGGAGAGUCUGCUGCAGCAAGUUCGGGUCUACAUGGCUAGAGCCAGGCUGAGAGAGCGCCAUCAGGAUGUGCUGCGUCAGAAGCUGUUCAAACUGAAACAAGAACAGGGAGUGGAAAGCGAACCUCUGUUCCCCAUCAUCAAAGAGGAACCCAGGAGCGACGAAGACAACGAUGGGGAGAAAAGGAGGGAGAGGACAGCAGAAGACAGCGGCCCGUCCACAUCAUCCUCCCGAACAAAUAACAACAGAGAAGAUGAAGAAGGGGCGGCCCCUUCAACCUCUGCAGCGGGGAGCCAGGAUGAGGAAGGAGGGGAGAAGGAUGAGGAGGGAAAGGAUGAGGCAGCAGAGGCUGUUUUGACAGAAGAGGACCUCAUCCAGCAGAGCCAGGCGGAGUACGAUUCCGGUCGCUACAGCCCCACGCUGCUCACCCUCUCUGAGCUGCCUCUGGAUACUCACACCAUCACGCCUGAGGAAGAUGCACACAGGCUCCAGUUAGCCCGUAGACAGCUUCAAGUCACAGGUGACGCCAACGAAAGCGCAGAAGAUGCUUUUGUGCGCCGAGCCAAAGAGGGGAUGGGCAACGACGAGGCGCAGUUCAGCGUGGAGAUUCCCGUCGCCGGGAAAAUGUACCUGUGGGCGGAUAAGUACCGUCCCCGCAAACCCCGCUUCUUCAACAGGGUCCACACAGGCUUCGAGUGGAACAAGUACAACCAGACUCACUACGACUUCGACAACCCCCCGCCCAAGAUCGUCCAGGGAUACAAGUUCAACAUCUUCUACCCCGACCUGAUCGACAAGCGCUCCACGCCCCAGUACUUCCUGGAACCCUGUCCCGACAACAAGGACUUUGGGAUUUUGAGGUUCCACGCCGGCCCGCCCUAUGAGGACAUUGCUUUUAAGAUUGUGAACAGGGAGUGGGAGUAUUCCCACCGACACGGCUUCCGCUGUCAGUUCGCCAACGGGAUUUUCCAGCUAUGGUUCCACUUUAAGAGAUACCGCUAUAGGAGAUGAAGGCUAAACCACCAGCAUGAACCUAAACCUCAGGGAGCAGUUUGGGAAAUCAGACCUAGAAAAACACAUAGAAACUGGGUGAUUUGGCUCUUUUGUUCAACUUUUAGCUGCUCUCGCAUUAAAGUAGAGCUUUGGUUACAAACGCUGUAAUGUUGUGUGAUAGUUAAACUGUAAAUGAUGUCAGCUAAAUACAAAUUAAAGAUUUUUUUCUACUGUU